AUGGACGUAUAUGUCCAGAUCACGGGUCUGGACUCAGGGAAAACGCACGGAGUCAAGGCGCUACUCAAUAGUGGUUGUAGUACCUGUUGCAUCGAUACCGACUAUGCACGGGCAGAGAAACUGGAUAUCCAAGAAAUUCUGCAACCCAUUGUGGCUCGUAACGCUGACAACACCAAAAACAUCAGUGGUUGGAUCACGCACUAUGUCAACUUAAGGAUGAGAAUUGGCCCUCAUGUGGAGACACUCACGUUCCUUUUGAUGUGUCUAGGGAAAGCCCGGAUCUUCAUUGGUCUUGACUGGCUGAUGGAACACAACCCUGAGGUGGACUGGCAGGAGCAGACAAUGAGAUUCAGCCCAUGCCCAUCGCGGUGUCACAUGAGGGGUCACAAGGAGCACCAAGCAAUGAUCAACAUGGAUGCUAUCAACCUGGACACAGGCGCAGCGGAUCUGGAAGAAGGAGAAUUGAUCCUGCUGGUCGACUUUGGGAAGGAAGUGGAUCUACGGCUGAAGGAAACACCGGCACAGAAGUUUGCAGAAGAAGCGGAAAAGGAGAAGGAGAGGAUGACCAAGGGAAAGAUUCCGGAUCAAUAUCAGGAAAUCGUUCGACUCGCUACCGGACCAACGGGCAUGGAUCAUGCAAUUGAGCUCAAACCUGGUUCCAAAGCAGUGGACUGCAAGGUGUACCUGUUAUCACGAAAUGAAUAG